CGGUAAUAUACCAAGAGUAUCCAAAAUGCUAUAAAAAACAGAUGAAAAUCGUACUUUCGUUUCCUGGCUAAAAUGUCCAUUGAUCUUCAGGCUAAGAUUGGAAUUAUUGGAGGUUCAGGCCUUGAUGAUCCUGACAUUUUAGAAGGAAGAAGUGAGAAAUAUGUUGAAACGCCCUAUGGAAAGCCUUCUGAUGCUUUGAUUACUGGGAAAAUUAAAAAUGUUGAAUGCGUCUUACUGGCAAGGCAUGGAAGACAACAUAAUAUUAUGCCCUCGAAUGUGAACUAUCGAGCAAAUAUUUGGGCUCUCAAAGAAGAAGGCUGUACACAUCUAAUUGUUACAACUGCUUGUGGCUCACUUAGAGAGGAGAUUCAACCAGGAGACAUUGUAAUUAUUGACCAAUUCAUUGACAGAACAACUAAAAGACACCAGACAUUUUACGAUGGGAGCACUACCUGUCCACUUGGAGUCUGCCACAUUCCAAUGGCUGAGCCUUUCUGUAGCAAAACAAGGGAAGUUAUUCUGGAAGUAUCAAAAAAUCUUGGAGUGAAGUAUCAUACAAAGGGUACCGUGAUAACAAUUGAGGGACCACGCUUUUCCUCAAAAGCAGAGUCUAUGAUGUUUCGCCAGUGGGGUGCAGAUGUCAUCAAUAUGACCACUGUUCCAGAAGUGGUUCUUGCAAAGGAAGCUGGUCUCUGCUAUGCUAGUAUUGCUAUGGCAACUGACUACGAUUGCUGGAAGGAACACGAAGAUGCGGUCUGUGUUGACAAAGUACUAAAAACAAUGAAGGAAAAUGCAAACAAAGCUGCUAUGAUACUUCUUACCUCUAUACCAAAGAUUGCACAGAUGGAUUGGACUGAAGCAUUAGCAAAUUUAAAGGCUACCGUUCAGUGCUCAGUUAUGCUUCCAAAACACUGAAACAGGAAACUGGAUGAAGUGUGCAAAGUCAUGUUUUUUAGCCUUCAGCUUUGGCAUCUUGAAAUUCAAUAAACUAUACAAUACAUGUG